AUGGCAAAAGAGAGCGAGAGAACAUGUGAUGUCGCAUUAGGCAGCAGUGCAACAGCCCGUGCUGUCAAUCACUGGAUCCGUAGCAUACUGUGCAGAAGGAGUCCGGAGUGGGGGGUUCUGUGCAGAUUGCGCAAGGACCCUCGUGAGGGUGUGCGCAUGCAGGAUUGGAAUGACCUUAUUUGCAACGUCGGUGCCUCGGUUGAGUGGAUGAUCCUCGGGACGUGUUCCCAUUUUACAACCAGGCAGCGCUUUUUUCAGAGUUGCGGCCUGUCAUUCAUCGACUUCUUCCCCCCCCCCACCCCUGCGGGCUCUGAAGUACCAGGAUGGCGUGUAUGCUCCAAGCAGCACGGCCAAUGGAUAUUGCAAGAUUAG